CCGGGGCUACUGUUGCGUAGACUGGGGCAGAUAAGACUCAUUUGAAUAUUUUCUAUAUAGCUGUGCUGCUUUAUCUCUGAUUCGCCCGUGCGGCGUGCUUAUAAAGUUGUUGCGCGAUGCAGCACUACUGUUAAUCAAUAACAGGCUGCUUGCACUGCUGAAAAAUUUGGAAAAUUUGUCUCAGAUCUUAUUGACAUCUCCUUAGACUGCAGGGUCGAUAAUAGACCGUACAGAUUCGGGAAGUCAGCUUUUUAAAAUCACCUUAAUUCACCUUUUAUUUAUUUGGUCUGUGAAAAUGACAGAACAUAGACAAACCUGUUGUUAGCAUCAGGAGAGUUAACUGCAGUCUCCAGACAGUGACUCAUUCUCAUACUAUUCAUUCAGAUUACUUCAUGAUCAUCUGAUUUACUGAUCAGGACUUUGAGAUUUUAAGCCAUGUCAAGUUUAUGUGUAAAGACAGUAUUGACAAAACAUGUAUCUUCAGUGGAUUUAACAGAUUUUACAUGAAAAAAACAACAACAACAAUAACAGAACCAAAAAAAAAAAUCAUCAACGUCAAACAAUGUACUAAAGUCAGUUUGAAAUCUUCUUCAUCUCAUUCAUCUUGAUCUCAGUGAGCCGGGCUGACUAAGAUUAACAACUACACACACACAUAUUCAGAUACAGCCAAAGUUCUUGCCUCUGCACUACAAGCAUAUAAUGAUGGAUACUGUCUGCUGGUUGUCAGGACUAUUUUGGGACUGUGGCCUGUGACUGGCCCUCAGGUAGCCUGUGAUCAGCUUUGUCAUCAAGUGUGACACACUCCCUUGGACACUUACACCUCAGAACCCUAAUAGGCCAUGGUUACUUCUCUGAGGAAAAGUAGAACUUCACAAUAUCAGCUCUGAACUUUGAAAGGUUAGGGUUAAAUCAGAAGAUGUCAAAUACUGUAACCUUGAAAUGAGUGGAAUGAUUAAAGUCUGAGCUGGAAAAGGAAUCAAUUCUCACUCUAAAUGUCCUUAUUUGAUUAAUUUAUUGAAGCAGCAAAGAUGUAAAUAUCUUUAUUCUCCAACUGCUUUGCUUCUGCCCUUCUUGUUUCAGAUUUCACAUCUGGUUUUAUUUUCUGCUUACCUUUCCAAUUUUUUUACGCAGCCGCUGCACGGCGGAAUCCUGCAGCUUGUGGCCAUUGUUCAAACCCACGGAAACGCACACGUACAUGAUCACAUCACAGCUUCCUACUUCACUUUUUUUUAUCUUGUGCGCAUUUAGAUGAGGGGAGGAGAGAAGAGGAGAGGAGAGGAGCCUCCUGGAGAAGUUUUCACUGCGUGCGUCAAAAGUGCGUGAGGAUCGUUGCGCAUUGGACGACCAGUGCUGGUAGUCAGUGCUGAGUGAACGGGAUGUGGAGGAGGAGAGAGACUAUACAUUAACUCCUGCUGGCUGCAGUGGACUCCAGUUGGACAGAGGGAUGCGUGCAGCGCGACACCGACCGAUUUUGAAAGGAUAGAGCCGCGGACGGAAGAAGAUUUUGCGUAUUUCUCGCUUUUGGCCACCCCGUGAUUUCCAGGGGAUUUUUACGCACCGACAGAGAGUGAGGAAAACGCCGCAGAGAUGAGUGGUGCAUGGUUCAACGUGCUCCAGAAGGACCCCAUCUCCUGAUACAGGGACAGAAGGGGACAGAACAAGGCUGCACAUGUGAUUUUCCCAAAGAAGAUCGCCAAGGUGGAGCGAUUAAGGAAGGGCUGAUGACGGGACUAUUAAUCCUUUCAGUGCAUCAAAAGCACCAAAGGGUACUGGAACCGUUUGGAUGGAAAUUGGUAUUCCUAAAUCUAAAUGGAAUUGGUUGAGACUGAAGCCGGUUGUGAAAGGAACAGACAUGGUACAUGGGCACAGCUUUUAUCACGUUGUUGCAAGUCUUCUCAUACUUGGGUUGUCUGGGGCAACAAAGAAGGAUACAGCAGUGAAAAACAAUUCUGGAGUGAAGCCUGUGGGUCAGUGUGGAACAUGGGUAAAAGAACCAGAAGGAGGGCUCUUUACGUCUCCAAACUACCCCAACAAAUACCCCCCAGAGACAGAGUGUGUUUACAUCCUUGAAGCGCCCCCUAGGCAGUGUAUUGAUCUACAUUUUGAGGAGAACUACUCAAUCGAAUCUUCUUGGGAAUGUAAAUUUGACAAUAUCGAGGUCCGGGAUGGACCGUUUGCCUUUUCCCCAAUACUUGGACGCUACUGUGGUCAGCACAGCCCGCCUGAUAUCAGGAGUAGCGGCCGAUAUCUGUGGAUAAAAUUUGUAACGGAUGGGGAGCUGGAAGCCGUGGGAUUUUCAGCAAGUUACAACUUCACUGCAGAUCCAGACUUUGCAGACAUGGGAGUUCCUCCACCUCUGCCCUCCUGUCAGUAUGACAUGGUGGGUCCAGAAGGUAUCGUUGAGUCUCAUCAGAUCACCAGAGACGGGAAGGCUGGCGCUGCCGAGGCUGUGGACUGUAAAUGGUACAUCCGUGCUCCGCCACGCUCCAAGAUCUACCUGCGUUUUCUCGACUAUGAAAUGGCGAAUUCCAACGAGUGCAAGCGCAACUUUGUAGCAGUGUACGACGGCGGCAGCUCAGUGGAAGACCUCAAGAGCAAGUUCUGCUCCACCGUGGCCAAUGACAUCAUGCUCGUCUCCACGCUGGGUGUCAUCCGCAUGUGGGCGGACGAGGCCAGCCGCAAGAGUCGCUUUCGCAUCCUUUUCACAACCUACCAAGAACCUCCAUGUGAAGCAGAUGCCUUCUUCUGCCACAGCAACAUGUGCAUAAACAACACACUGGUGUGUAAUGGCAUGCAGAACUGUGUCUACCCCUGGGAUGAGAACCAGUGUAAAGAGAAAAGGAAAGCCAACAUCCUUGACAACCUGAACAACACCAACGGGACUAUCAUUGGCGUCACCUGCUGCAUCGUCCUCAUCCUCCUCAUAGUCUCAGUCAUAGUGCAGAUCAAGCAGCCGCGCAAAAAGUACAUUUUGCGGCGUGAGGACUUUGACCCCACCAUGUUCCAGGAGGUCUUUGAGCCGCCACAUUAUGAGCUGUGCACCUUACGCAGUGCCACUGCAGCCGCAUCUGCAGACUUUGUAGACCUGGCAGAGGACUUUGAGAACUACCAUGCCCUCCGCCGUGCCUCAUCACGAUGUGUCCAUGAUCACCACUGUGGGACAACCUCCUCAAACCCUGGGUCUGCUCACAUAUCCCAGCUAUCACUCAGUGGACGAGGUAGCCGCGGAAACUUGUGCGCUCGGGAUGCUGCAGCCGCAGCCCUGCUCACAGAUCUUCCACAGCCACCGAUGUCAGUGAGGCCCCUGCUGCCCACCACGGGAAACCGCAGGAGCAUCAUGGUCAUGAAGCACAGCUAUUCACAAGAGGCAGCAGACAAUGGAUGUGACCUUGACGACGACCUGGAAGAAGUUCCCAGCACCAGCCACCGGCUUUCACGCCACGAAAAGGCAGUACAGCGGUUCUGCCUCAUUGGCUCUUUGAGCAAACAUGAAUCAGAGUACAACACAACUAGGGUCUAAGAGACAAUCUCAAGGUAAGCACCAAUAUCCAGCAAUCAACCUUUUUACAUGUUGUUGUGUGGCCUUCAUUUUCCAGUCAGUGUUUUUUAUUUUAUUUUAUAUUUUUUUCAAAUUAAAAUCUUACUUUCUGUUGUUUUUUUUUGCACAAGUUUAUAUCUAUAUUUUAUGUGUGUGUGUUGUUUUUUACCAAAAUGGCUUCCUUGCUUGCAGCCAUCUUGUCCUCCGAGUGAGUCUUUUAAGUGUUUGUGAUGCUGGAGGUAACUGUAUGUCCUUGCUGGAGGACAUACGCACACAUCAUUCAGUGGAUAUUCAUUCACUCGCAUGGACCUUUUGAAGCAUUUUUAUUUCAAGUUGUUAGCAAUUAUCAUAACUCAAACUGGUAUUUUUCAAUUAAAGUAAAGCACAUAAUGGAUAGUGAAAUAGUUGCAGUGUUUUCUCAUCACACAGGUUCCUCUGUAGACAUUGCAUGUAGUUGUUGCAAACUUUAGACUUUGAGAUGAUUUUUUCUGAAGCACAAAAUACGAGUCCGUGUCGGAGAUUUCAUGUGUAGGCUCUGAAGAAUUGCUUACUGAGCAGAAAGUUGUUUCUUUGUGGUUUUGAAUCAUAAUUUUAAAAUAGUAAUAAUGAGUUGAAUUUUUUUUUUAUAAUUUUAGUAGUAAUACUAGGCAUUUUGAAUGUCUCCAUUUAAAUUCCGGGUGACCCCACAUGAGGUCCCGACCCCAAGGUUGAAAAACACUGAAGUAUUUACUUACAUAAUAACAUGAAUGAAUAUACCUGAGUACAGUGGAGCGUUCACAUGAAGUACUACACACAGCUCUAUUGUCUUCUUUUGUUACACUAUGCUGCUCUGUUCUGUGUAUGCAUUUGAGUGUGUGUCCAUGUCUGUGCUCAUGCACGCUCAUCUUCUACAUUUUGUUCCAUUGUUUCCAUCAUGUAGACUUCUUGAGACUAUUGAAAUCCUGGAUCAGGUGGAAGAGGCGUCACUGACAUGUGAGAGAGAGGAGUGGAGAUUUACGUCAGCUCCAUGCUGAUGCUGGUGCUGAUGCUUUUUGGUCGGAGGGACACUUUGACAACACUGACGGAUAGUGAAUGUGUAUUCCUCCUCGUACAAAGAGGAACACAGACGGCAGCCGCGGGCGCCGUUGGUUUUUAUCAGUCAACAGUUUGAUUUCAGUUUCGGCUUUUACGUACCGUAGAGUGUCCAGAUUUUUGUGGUCUCACUGGAAAUACAUGGACGUAGCCAUUGAUUAUGUCUGUCUUUGUCAUAGAUUCAGCACUGAGAACAAAAUCAAUGUGAUGAAACAUUUCAACUUAAUUUUAAGGCAUGUAUUUAAAUGAUCAAACAUAAUAUUAUUUAAUAGCAAUGAAGUCAGUUUGUCCCACAUGGGGAGGGGUGUUCGCCUCUUAUUAAGGGUUGGAGCAAAGCUUUAUUUAUGACAAACAGUUGAAAAACAUUGAAAUGGUCCUAUGCUGUUGAUUUGACAUGACAGUUAAAGUAGGCUGUAUGGUUUUGCAUGAUUCCCAUAUAUGCAUCCAUUAUAUAACAACACAGUGUCCACAAAUACAAUAGUCAUGCAGGCUUACCAAGCUAAUAUACAGAAUACAUGUUUUUACUACUACAUCUCUUUCUAUGCUUUACUUCAUACUUUUCUGUUGUUAAUGGAGCUUAUAAUAUAUUAUUUCACCUUGCAUUAGAAAAAAAUCUCCUUCACAAAAGAAAAAAAAAGUGUGGUUGGAAAAAAUGCACCGCUCUGUAUAAAAGCAUCUGGGACUUAGUUUAGAACACGUUCAUUUUUCUUAUAGUCCAACAGUAAGAUUUUUUUAAUGUAAGUACAUUACAUAAAGUUAAUUAAUUAGCGUGCAUGCAGCUAUUAGCAAACCCUAGAUAUAAAUACAAAGGCAGGAAUAAAACUCACCGUUUUUAUUUCGACAAACACUUUUAAACUUGUUUUUUACUUAGUUCAGUUUUAUUGGCCGUACAGACAGAAAUAGUUGUUGUUCUGCAGACACAUUUACUCUGUCUGCUUUUCUUCUAACUCUUUUCCACUGUUGGAGCUCAGUAUCUUUGUAUCGGAGAAACUUUUUUACUAAGGCCAGUUGAACCAAGGACACUUUUUACAGUUACAAUCUUACAGGGCUGAUUUCACUGAUGCUUUAUGGAAAACAUAACAGUGACGUUUCAUUUCUUUCUUGUUUUACUGGCUUCCUGUCAGUUGCCAUUUAUUGUGUCAUCAAAAUGUGAACACGGACAUCCCAGUCUCUCAUCCAUGGUUUUAGGAAAUAUCCUACAAAGUAUUCCUAGGAAUCUGAAACCAAAACAAACUAAAGUACCUUUUAACUUUGUCCUAGUGAAACUUUGUAACGUGCCGCACAUUUUAUGGUGAAAAGAAUUCGCUCGAGUAAGAAUUUUACUUUGAAAAACUUUGUUCAACCCUGACUAGAGUGACAUGUGAAACAUGUGAUGCAUACACUUGUGUAUUGCAUUUCUUCCUUAUUAUCUGUCAUCGGUCCAGUUCUAUGAUUUUCUUGAUGUGACAGUGUUGUAGUAUUUUUCCAUUUUGUGUACACUGUUAUGUGAUUAAGUUCAAUGUAUGUACUGUACUGCAACCACUACAUC